AUGAAGGGUACACUUCUUCUGCUGGGGUUGCUGGUGACUGGAGAGCUGAGCUUCCAAACAACAGAAGAAUGUGUUCCUUUCUUCAAAGGUUAUGUAAGUCUUGUCUCUGGAUUAAGGUUUGUGUUGCAUCAAGAACUCCAGGCAUUCAAUGCUACUAAAGGAGAAAAGAUGGCCUUUGAAAAAAUCCAGGACUGCUACAAAUUUAUGGGACCCAAAAUUAUGGAAGCCAUGAUCUCCAGCCCAGAAUGCCAGGCAUACUAUACUAGGGGCACCGUAGGAAACUUUAUAGACAUUAUUUUCAAGUUAUUAGGACUAUAG